AUGGCCGCUUUCCAUCAGAUCUACUGUUUGGCAUCAAUCCUAGAGGACUUUGGUCUCUUGGCUGCCGGCGUUCCUAAGGAGGAGCUGCCUGGUUAUCAUAGCGGAGUCACACUAACGUGGGAGGAGCACAAGGCGCACUGCUUCAACUACGUCCGACAGGCUCUAAUGUGCUUUGCUGACUCCACUGCCGAAGGCCAUAUUGAGGGUGACACGCACCGGGUAGCUGAUCAUGGGGUAAUGCAUGUUUGCAAUGAUUUUGAUGCCCUACUGGCGUGGUCAAAGGAACCCGAGCGAGCAUUGCCCAAGAUUGUCGCACAACUUACAUACGUUCUCUUACCUGGCUUACUUUGCGCCUUUUGA